AUGAGGGGCGGAGCCGAGCAGCCAGGGACUGUUACUGAGAAACAUAAGAGGAUGUCGAAUUAACGGAGGAAGAAAAAGAUAACGGUGACUAUUUACAUUAUUGUAACUGGUGCAGAAGAAUCGUGAGAGAAACUGACACCAAUGAUUUUUUUCCCAGACGUUUAAAGGUGCAAUAGUGGAUACUCGCACAAACAACCUAAAAUUUGAAGAUGUUGCGUUACAUAAUUUUCUUCUCUACACUUCUCAUGAUAGCUGUAACAGUCCGAGCCCAAUGUGACACACCUGUUGUUGGAGGAAACCGGAUUAUGACUGAAGGAUUACAACAAGGGCCUUUUCCUGAAGGAUCCACUAUAAAGUUCAAAUGUUCCACCGGUUAUGUUCCUGAGCGACUAGCUUCCAGCUCAAUCACCUGCAUGGGAACCCAGUGGAGUGAACUCGAACUUCAGUGCAGAAAAAAGAGCUGUGGGAAUCCUGGUGAGAUAACCAAUGGAAAGUAUGAGUAUCAACCUACAGACGCAGUUUUGUUUGGAGCGGUCAUCACAGCAGUGUGUAAUAAAGGUUACCAGCUUGUUGGAUAUGAAAUUAGAAAUUGCAGAGAAACUGGUUGGGAUGGAAGACCUCCUCUAUGUGAAGCGGUGAAGUGUCAAGCGCCUCCUGAUGUAACAGAUGGAACGUUUGAACCAGCCGAAGAAUUUUAUGCCUAUGGAGACGGAGUCACAUACUCUUGUAAAAGAGGUCUUAAUCUUAUUGGAUCUUCAACAAUAAUAUGCUCAGAUAAGGGACAUUUUCGGCCUGAUCCUCCUCAGUGUCUGCUUGUGACCUGUGAGAGACCCGAAAUCCUAAACGCAGUUAGAAUUGAAGGAAAAUCGCCACCUUAUAAAUACAGUGAGUUUGUUCGCUACCAGUGUAAUAAAGGCUACAAAAUGGAAGGAUAUGAUCGCAUGAUCUGUACAGAGAAAGGCUGGGAUCCACCUCCUCCUCAGUGCACCGUUAUGACCUGUGAGACACCCGAAAUCCUAAACGCAUUUAGAAUUGAAGGAAAAUCGCCACCUUAUAAAUACAGAGACUUUGUUCGCUACCGGUGUAAUGAAGGCUACAAAAUGGAAGGAUCUGAUCGCAUGAUCUGUACAGAGAAAGGCUGGGAUCCACCUCCUCCUCAGUGCACCGUGGUGAAGUGUAAACCGCCUCCUGCUGUAACAGAUGGAACGUUUAAUCCAGACAAAGAACAAUAUACCUAUGGAGAUGAAGUCACAUACUCUUGUAAAAGAGGUCUUAAUCUUGUUGGAUCUUCAGUAUUAACAUGCUCAGAUAAGGGACAUUUUCAGCCUGAUCCUCCUCAGUGUCUGCACACAACCUGUGAUGCACCCCACAUUAUUAAUGGAUUUAUAAUCGGGGACGAGUCAACAUUUUACAGAUAUAAGUCAUCAGUCCGGGUCGAGUGUUACAGCUUUUACAAGAUGGAAGGGUCUGAUAUCCUGACCUGUGAGGAAAACGGAUGGAAUCCACCUUCUCCCAAGUGCUAUUUCAAUUUGGUUUGGAUUAGUGCAGUUAUAAUAGUAGCACUGAUUUUUUUUUUUCUAGUUCUUUGCAUUGUCUACUGCUACAUGAAAUUCAGAAAACCUAGUGAAUCUCCACCCGUUCUCUGGGAUGAAGCAACUGAUGCCAUUUUAUAGCCUCACUAUUGAUAAAAAAUCAGAUUAUAUAUAAAGACUGCCCCAAACCUGAAAACUGUUCUCUGGUCACUAUAAACCCUAGAGUUCCUCCAACAGAGGAAACCUUGAAGAAAAACUCCUACUGACUCACAUUCCAGGCUCUCUCUGGCUACGUAAACGUUUGGAGACUUUUUUUUUUGCAGCGCUGUGAGAUUUAUUGCUUUAGGUUAUUGAAUAGCCUUAGCAUGUAUCUACAAGGAAAACUAAGCUCUCUGCUUUCCAUUUUGCAAAGCAAAAUGUCUGCUAUAUUUGUACAACUACCACAGCUCAAUUAGGAAUGAAUGUUUUUUUGUUAUGGUGUGCUAAAUAUUGUGUAACAUGAAGAAUCAGUUUUUGGUGCAGGUAGCAACACAAAAUUGUAAGUUCACAGACUGAAGUGAAUGAAAAAUAUCAACGAUUAGCUGUUACUUUGCAAUAGAAUGUUCUAUAAGUUACACAUUUUAUUUUGGAGAAAAAAUAUUUCUUACUUUAAUUAUUAAGAGCAGCAGAAUUUAUGUUCAUACUGUAAUACGUUAUACGGCCCUACUGAUAGAUAUUAGCGGAUGUUUUUAAGUCGAAAUAAGUGAAUUACUCCCCAUAAUGGGAAAGGAAAAUAUUACAGCAUUUCAUUUGUAAGGAAUGAAUCACACCAGUCUUCUGUAAUAGGAAAAUAAUUAAUCAUAUGUUAUUCUCCCCAAAGAUUAUUUUCAUGUUUUAAUCCUUUUCAACAAUAGAAUUUGACUAAGUUUAAUUUUUAUUUAAUUUUUAUUUAUUAAAAAAUGUUUCAAGAAGAAACAUAGUCCUGAAUCAUGUCCUGAACACUUUAUGAACACGUGUUUUGUUAAGCAAACCGUUUUUUUUGGCUGUUUAAUCAUUUGCCAUUACACUUUCAUUUUUUGCAGCAUUCACCAUAUAUGUCUAUGUGAAGUCAGUCAGUAUAAAAAAGUGCACUAAUAGAAAAUUGGAUUAUGAUUGAAUCAGGGAAACAUACUUUUCCUCAUGGCUCCAUUGUAAUAUAAUGUAUUACAAAUGUUCCAUCGGUUAUGUGCCUGUGAAAGCUUCAUCUUCCAGGUCAGUCUUCUGCGUCAGAACCCAAUGGAAUGAACUUGAACUCCAGUGCAAACGUAACUGGUCUAUAAACAUCUUUUUAGGUUGAGCUUCAUUUUCUGUAUUUUUCAAAUAUCUGAGCAAGUCAAAAGUAGGAACAAAUGUAAAAAUCAAUGUCUUUUUUUUUUUUUUGCACAGAAAUCACAGCACAGUGUAAUAAAGUGUUUAAA